AAAAAAAAAAAAAAAAAAAAAAAAACUGAAAACGACUCAACAACAACCAACAACCUGCAACCUGCAACUCGAAAAGAGGAAAACCCCAAAGAGAACAACAACAACCCACAGUGUACAAACGCAAACCGACCCACACACAGCAGCAUAACGAAAACAAAACCAACUAGAACGACUGCAGGAGGAAGAAGACAGGAAGAGAGAAAGGCACACACACUCUAACAACCUCAAACAACCAUGCAGAACCUUCAACCAAACUCAUCCGCACUACACACUCAAGACCACUAUCAUCAUCAUCAGAAGCAGCAGCAGCAACAGCAUCCAUCUCAAGAGACCACUUCAACACCACAAGCUGGCACGAGCUCAACUUCAAAUCGACAACUCCAUCCCAACCCCAAAACACUCUACUUCCCAGUCAUCGAUCAAGGUCAUCUACCAGCCGCACCGAUCAGCGGCUCUCACGACCUACUCUCACUCUUCAAUGUCUCCUCAAUGUACGACUGGUUUGUUAAACCCUACCUCAAACCACUCGACCAGACCAACAAACUCGGCCCAACCAAUAACCAUCACCAUCAUCACUUCCCUAACACGAAUGGUGACCUCAAAGGCAAAGGUAAAGCUGAUAUCGACCUCACUGGUCUAUCACCAGCGCAAUUGGAAAACUUGGGUCAAAAGCGAAUCAAGAUGGAGAAGUCGUAUGGACAUUUUGUAGCUGAUGUCGGAGGUCGCAAUUCGAUCAAGAAGGAUCACCAACUCGAGACUUGGAUUAGCGACCCCAAUUUCCAGGAAGCCAGCGUCCCAAACUUCUUGAAACCAUUCUCAAACGAAGCCUUAUCUCAAGCGUUUACCCUUCAACCUGGAAUCUUGCCCGGCUUUGAUAGUUCGGUGUGGGUUGCUGAGGAAGGCGGGCCCAAGAAAAAGCGAAAGAAACGGAAACAAGGAGAGAUGUUAGCUGGCAGCAACUCGACUCUAGCGGCUGCACACCUGCAACAACCGCACCAGAGUCCGACUCAACAAACGACGAUGACGACAACAACAACGACGACGACGACAAGCGGAACGCCGACGCAGUAUGCAGUGUCUUCGACCACGCAGGCCCAGCCCACAAGGCCGCUCCGAGCAAGCAUGGUCGACCCGUCCAGCCAUCUCAACUCGCAUCCUCACUCUUCUCAUCAUCCUGCCGCUCAAGCCUCUCAUCUCCAUCUCCAUCAGAAUCAGCAACAGCAACACAACUCCCCAGGAAUGUUCUGUAGAGAGGAUGACUAUCGUAAGAAGAAACGGGUCAAAAUCGGAAACCCUGCCGCCGGUAAAACUUCCGGCUCCGGAUCUUCUGGCCCCAACCAUCAAGUCGCUCUCCAAUCUUGAUCCUUCCAUUCCACCUUCACACAUAUAUACAUACAUACAUACACCACUCUUCUUACAUAUACAUUGAACAUUAUUAUUAUUAUUAUCAAUUUUCUUUUUUGACUUCGUUUGUACUGCUCGUUUCUUUCUUCCCUUCCCUGUUCACACCUUUCUUUAUACAUAUACAACAAAAAAAAUCCUUAUUUCAUUAUACAUACAAAUGAAUAUAUCUAUUUCUAUAUAUA